GGCCAGCGCGGCGGCCGCAGCAGCCUCAGCCGAGCAGCGGCGCCGCACCGUUUGCCUGCCCCUGGAGGUGGUGCCGGACGCGGAUACAGGGCAAUAAAAUGGCAACUCCACAAAAGUCAGAGGGUGACCAGGCGGCCGGUGACGUCACUUCUCCGGUGACGUCACCUGCCCAAGCGGCCACAAGCGGCGGCGGGCGGCUCAAGUUCAGCAUCGCCAGCAUCAUGGAGUUCGAGGACGAGAGGUCGACAGAGUGCCACCGCCAGUCGAGCGAGCCGGGAGAGGAAUCAGACGCAACAGGGGAGGACUCCGAGCCGAGCGGCACUCCGUGCGAGGGCAGCAGGGACUCGGAGGAGCUCCAGGAGGAGUCAGAGGACGGUCAGCGGGCGGAGGAGCGCAGCCCGCAGUCGGACGGUCACGGCGCCGGGCCGCAGCGGGACGCGGCGCUGCCGACGCGGCCCUGCGCCGGCCGGCUGGGCGGCGCGCCGAGCGCCGACGGCGGCGUCAGUCUGCUGCACCGCUCGCCGUGGCUGUACCAGUACUACAGCCUGGCGUCGGCCGGCGUGCUGCCCACCCUGCCGCCCUACUCGCUGCUCUCCAAGCCGUCCGCCUUCAGCCAGUACCCGGGGGCCGCGGCGGCGGAGGCGGCGGUCGGCGCCCGGCUGGCCAGUCCCGAGAAAGGGCCGGCCGCCAGUCCGCCGGCCAGCGCGGCGGCCACCUCCACCCGGCCGGCAGCCGGAGCCGCCAAGGGCAAAACCUUCACCUGCCCCGAGUGCGGCAAGGUGUUCAACGCCCACUACAACCUGACGCGCCACAUGCCCGUGCACACGGGCGCCCGGCCGUUCGUCUGUAAGGUGUGUGGCAAGGGCUUCCGGCAGGCGUCCACCCUCUGCAGACACAAGAUCAUCCACACCUCGGAGAAGCCGCACAAGUGCAAGACGUGCGGCAAGGCCUUCAACCGCAGCUCCACUCUGAACACGCACAUGCGCAUCCACAGCGGAUACAAGCCGUGGGUUUGUGAGUUCUGUGGAAAGGGCUUCCACCAGAAGGGCAACUACCGCAACCACAAGCUGACGCACAGCGGCGAGAAGGCCUACAAGUGCCACAUCUGCAGCAAGGCGUUCCACCAGGUCUACAACCUCACCUUCCACAUGCACACGCACAAUGAGAAGAAGCCGUUCAUCUGCGAGCUCUGUGGUAAGGGAUUCUGCCGUAACUUCGAUCUGAAGAAGCACACGCGGAAGCUGCACGAGUCGGAGCCGGGCGGUACGGACGAGGCCGAGCCGGUCGCCAGUCUGUCCGGCGGCGGCGAGGCGUACCGGCCGGCGGCGGCUAGCGGUCCGCUGCUCACCGCCGGCUACCCGCUGCUGCCGCCGCUCGGCGCGCCCUUCCCGGCACUGCUGGGAGCCCACUCGGCGGCCGGCCCGCUCCGGCUGCCCCCCUACCUGGACCGGCUGCACUACACCCACCCGCUCUGAGCCCCGCUAUACCACUCCCCUCUUACUGCCCCCCCCCUUCCAGGACCGGCUGCACUACAAACACCCGCUCCGUGGCCCCCUCCGACUAUCCCUUACACACCCCCACUCUGAGCCUCCCCUCUCCCCCCCCCGUGUUCUCUACUCACACCAGCAACCACCCUUAGGUGACCGCGCGCGCCCGGACCCACCUAUAUGAGAUACCGUGUAGACCAACACCCCUUAUCUGAGGUGGAGCUUGCACCUCUUCAGUCCAACCCACCUCGCCCAAUAAGUGUGACAUUACGUGGCGGCGUAGCCCGCUUAGUCACGCAUCUAUUGUGAGUCUUCACAGAGUUCACCAAUACUGUUACUGAGCCCAGCGUUUCGCCGCAACAGCCAAUCCAAGAGAGCUCCUUAGACGAUCAGGUGACCAACCUCAAAUGGGAGAGAACUUGACACACCGCGUAGAGUCUGAACUUGUAAUCUAUCUGCUAUUGGUUUCAAGCGUAAUCGACGGCCACGUUCUGGAUCGAGCUUUUCGUUUAUUUAUUUAUUUAAUUACCGCACGGCGCGUCUCACCAAUACUCACUUCAGUCCCCCGAGAGUAAAUGGGACGCGGCAGGUGGUGUAUAGACAGUUAGGUACGUGCUGAUCCGUUGUUGGGAUGCGUUGUGUAAUAUUGACUAUAGCCCCAGUGAGGCACCAGGAAGACAGGGCACGCUGUCAGUUGCUCCGUUAUCGGCCUCACGCUCGGCCUGUGUACCAAAUAUUUCCAGCUGUGCAAUACCUGAACCGCGGAGGCGACAACUAUGGUCUGUGUGUUAUGAAGGACAGCAUGUUGAACAAAAUAUAUUGACGUAGAA